AAAAAAAAAAAAAAAAAAAAAAAAAAAGUACCACAAUGGAGAAGACUGAUAUAGGAUAUUUAAAAAUUGAAGAUACAAUUAAAAACAAAUUGUUUUCUAAUAAUUUAAAAACAAUUGAAGAGCUGAGCAUGAAUUAUCUGGAAAAUGUCAAUUUUAAGGAAAUAAACUUCAUACAGUCAGAAAUUUUUAAACAACAUAUCAAAGAAUUAGGCUUAAAGGAAACACAAGAAAUAAGUGGUAUAGAACAAAAUAUACAAUCAAUUAAAAGAUACUAUAAAGAUAUAUAUUCUAUAAGUGAUAAUGAAACAUAUUGUAAGAGAAAGAAAAGAAAUAUAGAUUGUACUCAUAUGAAUAAUUCUGAUGGUUUUAAUGGGAAUGAUAAAGACCUUUCUUCGUCCUCAUCAUAUAAUUUGUCAUCUGACAUAUCAUCUGAUAUAUCAUCUGACAUAUCAUCUGAAAUAUCAUCUGGCAUAUCAUCUGAUAUGUCAUCUGGCAUAUCAUCAGAUAUGUCAUCAAAUAUGUCAAGUAUUUCAUCCAGCUCAUCAUUAAUGUCCUCCAUUUCUCACACACAUCCUAGGAUGUCUAAUUCUUACGAUGAACUAACACAUGAACAUAAUACAAAUAUCUACACAUCCAUUAUAUAUAAUAAUAUUAAUGAUUAUGUGUAUGAUAAAGACAAGAAUAAUAAAAAAACUGUUAGAUAUAUAAAAAAAAACUCAUUAGAAGAAAAUUUUUUGAUAUAUUCAGACUUUAUGAAAAAGAAUAUACAAAAUAAAAAAUAUUAUAAAACAACAAUUGAAUCUUUAAAUGAUCUAUUAUGUGAUGGAAUAGAAACAUCACAGUUAUAUUAUUUUUAUGGUGAAAAAACAAAAAUAAAUAAAAUUAUUCUAGUCAAUUUAUUGUAUGAUAUAAUUCUUAACAAUAAAUAUGAGGGAAAAACUUUGUCCAUCAAUAAAGAGUCCAUAAUAUUUAUACACUUUAGUCAUAUUAAUGAUAUAUCUAAAAUACUUCAUAUUAUAACAAAUAAAUUAAAAAAAAAUAAAAAAAAUUCAUGUAAUAUAAAAUACGAUGAUAUCCUACAACAUUUUUGUAUGUUGCGAAUUAAAAAUAUUUCAGAUAUGAUAUCUUUUUUAUCUUAUAUAAAAGAGAAUUCUUUGAAAAAUAAAUGGAAUGUAUAUUGUGAUAAUAAAAAUUAUAAUAAAGAGGAAAACUACAAACAAAAUAAUAAUUGCAAUAAUAAUGUACAUAUAAAGCUGGAACAUUCAAAUAAAGAUAAUACUGAUAAAUAUAAUAUGGGUCAAUAUAAUACUGAUCAAUAUAAUAAUUAUAUACAUGACAAAAAUGAUAGAUUUAAAAACAUUUCUUGUAUAGCCAUAUAUAAUUUUACGAAUUUACUAAAAAAUAUAAAUAUCAAUAAUCCAUUCGAUUAUUUUUAUUUAGUAAGAGAAUUAAAAAUCGUAGCAAACAUGUUAAAUAUAGCUAUCCUCAUUUUCGAUGUGGCAAAACAUGAAAUAGUGGAUAGCAUCCACAAUAAUAAAAAUAAUAACAAAGAAUUAAAAAUUAAAAAUAUAACAACUCAAAAUGAUAAAGAAUAUAACAACAACAAUAAUAUUAAUUAUAAUAAUAAUAAUAAUAAGUGUGAAAGUGAGGGAAAAAAUCAUAAUAAGACUUGCCAGAAUUAUGUUAAUCAAUCUUAUCAAGAUAUAAACCAUGAAACUCAUAGUCAUAUAAUAGAUAAUAAAGAUAUUAUAUCAACACAAAAAAAAAAAAAUAUAUAUAUGACAAACAUUAAACAAAAUAAUAUUAAUAUUGAAAAUUAUUCCAGUGAUACUACUAGUAAUGAUACCAUUAUAUAUGAAGAAAAUUCAAAUGAUAGUAGCCUUUCUGAUUUAACAGACUUAAAUAUUAAUAAUAAUAUUUCAAAUAAUCAAUAUAUAAAUCAUAAUUCUUAUACUAUUAAUAAUCAUAGUAACCAUAUUAUAAAUACAAUUCAACAAAAGAAUGAUUAUAUAAAUUUUUUUUAUAAUGAAAAUACGUCGUUUCGUAUUAACAAAAUAGCUUUACCAUUCCAAAUUUAUAACAACUUCAAUAUUGUUAUACAAGUUGACCUUAUACAAAAAAUAAAAAAUAAAAAAUUCAUUAGAUUUACACUUAUCAAAUCACAAAAAAAUAUUAAAUAUCUCUAUUCUUAUUCGUGUAUUAAAAAAAAUAUAUUAAUUGAUAUGUAG